GGCCCAUUCUCCGUUGUGUUGGGUCGCAAGUGUUCUUCACCGUGAACUACCAUAGGCAUAGCCCAGACAUUUGGUAUUUCUUUUACAACAGUCCUUAACUACAUUGCGACCUUAGCUAUGACAGCCGGUGGCUGACUGUAUUGUAAGCUUGUAAUUUUUGUGUACUAUCUUUUGUCCGACACUCGGCCUGGAAGCCUAUGACAUCACGUUAUCAUGACGUAUGGCCUGGUCUUUUCGUUGCACGUCGAGUUGUACAGGACAUUCUGUAUUCACUACUAUAUAACUGCACCCCCUGGUCCAUGUUUCCCAGGAAGAAUUCAAUAUCCAACAAUCCAUAGCAAAAACCUAUUCAUCUACUAUACCUUCCAUUUUCUCUUACUGAGUUCUUACAAUGGCGACAGAUAUCGCUACAAGAGAUCUUCGCAAGCCCAUAGAUGUCGCCGAAUACCUCUUUAGACGACUCCGUGAAGUUGGCGUUCGUGCAGUACACGGUGUUCCUGGGGAUUACAACCUGGUGGCUUUGGAUUACCUGCCAAGAUGCGAUCUUCAUUGGGUAGGAAACUGUAAUGAGCUUAAUGCUGGAUACGCUGCUGAUGGAUACGCUCGAAUCAAUGGAAUGGCUGCUCUAGUCACCACCUUCGGUGUGGGUGAGCUGUCGGCGCUCAAUGCUAUUGCUGGUGCAUACUCUGAAUUUGUCCCUAUUGUUCACAUUGUUGGUCAACCACAUACGAAAUCACAGAAGGAUGGGAUGCUCCUCCACCAUACCUUGGGUAACGGCGACUUCAACGUCUUCACCAGAAUGAGCGCCGACAUCUCUUGUACUCUUGGAUGCUUGAACCAAACUCAUGAAGUGGCAACGCUCAUUGAUAAUGCUAUCCGAGAAUGUUGGAUUCGCAGUCGGCCGGUUUAUAUCUCUCUCCCUACUGAUGUGGUGACAAAGAAGAUUGAGGGAGAACGGCUGGAUACCCCUCUCGAUCUCAGUCUGCCACCGAACGAUCCCGAAAAGGAAGAUUACGUUGUGGAGGUGGUUCUGAAGUAUUUGCACGCUGCGAAGAAACCCGUUAUUCUUGUCGACGCUUGUGCUAUCCGCCAUCGUGUACUUGACGAAGUUCAUGAGUUCGUGGAAAAAUCUGGGUUGCCCACCUUCGUGGCUCCAAUGGGUAAAGGAGCAGUGGAUGAGACUCACAAGAACUACGGCGGUGUUUACGCUGGUACUGGAUCAAACCCCGGUGUUCGUGAGCAAGUUGAAUCUUCAGACUUGAUUCUGAGCAUCGGUUCUAUCAAAUCAGAUUUCAACACGACUGGAUUCUCCUACCGUAUUGGCCAACUUAACACCAUUGACUUCCACAGUACAUACGUGCGCGUCCGGUACUCUGAAUACCCUGAUAUUAACAUGAAAGGCGUUCUUCAGAAGAUUGUUCAAAGAAUGGGCAAUCUCAAUGUCGGACCAGUCUCGCCGCCGUCGAACCUACUGCCGGACAACGAGAAGGCAUCAACUGAACAGGCGAUUACCCAUGCGUGGCUCUGGCCUACUGUCGGGCAAUGGCUGAAAGAAAAGGAUGUUGUUAUCACGGAAACUGGCACUGCCAACUUCGGUAUCUGGGACACUCGGUUCCCAGCAGGUGUUACAGCCAUUAGUCAGGUUCUUUGGGGCAGUAUCGGUUAUUCAGUCGGAGCUUGCCAAGGAGCUGCGUUGGCCGCGAAAGAGCAAGGCCGACGAACCGUACUUUUCGUGGGUGACGGAAGUUUCCAGCUGACGCUCCAGGAAGUCAGCACCAUGAUCAGAAAUAACCUUAACCCUAUCAUCUUUGUCAUUUGCAACGAGGGAUAUACCAUCGAACGGUAUAUUCAUGGAUGGGAAGCUGUUUACAAUGACAUCCAGCCCUGGGACUUCUUGAACAUUCCUGUGGCAUUCGGCGCGAAGGACAAGUAUAGAGGAUACAAGGUCACAACCCGGGACGAGUUGAGAGAGCUUUUCGCAAAUGAAGAAUUUGCUUCGGCACCCUGUCUACAGUUGGUUGAGCUCCACAUGCCUCGCGACGAUUGCCCAGCCAGUUUGAAAUUGACAGCCGAAUCGGCCGCUGAGCGGAACAAGUCCCUUUAAUUUCUUCAAGCCAUACUCUAGAAUAAACCAAAUUUCUUUCCUUCUGUGCAGUUCGGGAAAUCGGUUUCAGUUAGCAUGCCACCAUGUACACGGGGCAUCUUUAAUAUUACCAUGACAUGUGGUUAAGAGAUUCUGUUCACUACGGGAGUUUUAAUUAGUUCUUUAUCUGCCUUUCCUCUCUUUUCUUUCUUUUUAACAACUUUCUCAGUUGACAUUUUGAUCAGGUUUGAUUAGAUAACAAUGAAUUAAACCUUCCUUUAGAAAGAGAGAAAAAGCAAAAAAAAAAAAAAAAAAAAAAA